UACCAGUUCCGUAAGCAAACAAACGGCAAUCCAUUGCCUAACGCCAGAUACAUUCAACAGCAAGUGUUUCUUUACAAACAGUUUUCUUGCCCAAACGAUCAUAACGUUCUUUUCAUGGAAUGGGGACAAUUUAUUGCACACGAUACAACUCGCCUACCACCCGACGUUUCAGUCGGUGGUAAUUGUUGCGAUUUACAAAAAAUCAAACCGGUACCUCCCCAAUGUCAAGCGGUCAUUGAAGUGCCGAAAAAUGAUCCGAUUUAUUUGGAACGUGGCCAGACGUGUAUCAAUUUCAAUCGGGCACGGACGUCUACWUCCAACGGUUGUAUAUUAAAACCUACGACAUUUAUGGUCGAGGCAACACAUUUCAUMGAUGGUUCCCAAAUAUACGGUUCCGAUGAGGAACACGCUGCAGACUUGCGGUCGUUUAGAGACGGUCGAUUAAAAUCGGACUUUUACGUAGGYCAACAAGAAUUUUGUCCGCAAAGGAAUUGGACGUCGAAGCAAUGUGACACACUUCCAUUUAUUUGUUUUGUCGCGGGUGACAGUCGGGUAAAUCAAAACCUAGGAAUCGCUCUUUUCCAAAACAUGUUUUUGAGAUUCCACAAUAUUGUUGCAUUUCACUUGCACCGUUUGAAUUCGUUUUGGUGUGACGAAGACAUUUACCAYGAAACGCGUAGRAUCGUAAUCGCCGUCAUUCAACAUAUCACAUACACCCAUUAUCUGCCGAUUUUGAUAGGAGAAUAUUUUAUGUAUUCAUACGGUUUUUUCGAACAAACCGAAUACGACGAAACAGUGAAUCCGGGCACGACUCUAGAGCAUUCGACWGGCGCAUUCCGGAUACUCCAUAAGGAAAUCCCUUCUGUCUUAAAUUUUAUAGAUAAAAACUACUUCAAUUGCAGUCCCGUUUUGCUCACCGACUGGAUGAACAAGCCCGAUCUUCUACCAUUACCGAACAACUUUGAUAAUCUGCUACGUGGAUUUCAAGAAACGCCUACCCGUGAAGAACAGCCGUCUUACAAUACUUUGAUUUCAAACUGUUUAUUCCAACAAGCUACACCGAAAUUCAGUGGCAGUGAUUUGCUGUCGGUGGAUAUACAAAGAGGUCGUGACACCGGGAUGCCACCUUAUAACAAGAUGAGAUCGGUUUGCGGAAUUCCAGAAGCUACGGAGUUUGACGACCUAAUCGAUUUGAUCGCUUACGAGGACAUCCAAAAAUUGAAAAACCUCUACUCUUGUGUGGACGACAUCGACUUUAUCGUGGGUGCGYUAUUGGAAAUACCCGCCGAAGGUUCAAAGAUCGGUCUCACGUCCCGGUGCAUAAUAGCUGACAAUUUUUACCGGCAAAAGAUUGGUGACCGUUUCUUUUACGACAUACUAGGACAACCUGGAAGCUUUACGCCGGAGCAAAUACACACAUUGAAAAACGUGAAUUUUGGCAGUGUAAUAUGCGCGACGUCUAAUCUACGGUAUUUACCGGAAAACAUAUUUAUGCCAUUCGACAGAAGAACUAAUACAAGACAAAUCGAUUGUCAUACUUUUACACUAAAUCUGAAGGCGUGGAAGGAUACUUCUUAUAGUGAUUAAGCUAACCCGAUGAUUCUUCACUAUUAUUAUAUUUCCGUAUUCGUGA